AUGCUAUUGGCUUUCGUUUGCUUGUUGCUGUGUCUUCAGGUGGAGACCUUCCUGCGGGCUGUCGCUGCGGAGGCGAGCUACACCACGGCUGGGCUGCCGCGUCUAACGCCCCAGGGCCCGGGUUGGGGGUACGCCAACCAGUCUGCGUGGCCGCGGCUGUGCCAAACAGGCAGGCAGCAGAGCCCUGUCUCCUUCUCCGAGCUCAAACCGCAUGAGGUGGUCUACCUUAAGGACGCAGGGCCGCUGGCCUUCUCACGCGGCUGCACCUUUGCGGCGGAGAAAACAACACUUAAAAUUGCGAACGAGGUCAACACUAUAUCCGUGCGGCUGAUCCCCCUCGCUGACCCGCGCAAUGAGCUCCCCAGCCCCUGCACCCUCCGCGACCCGACGACCCCGAAUUCGACUGAAUACCACCUUGCGUCAAUGCACUUUCACUCACCCGCGGAACACGUCUUUCCACGUGCGGCCCCAGACGCGGAACUGCAUCUUGUAUUUACUCAAACACAAACGUCGAAAAAGACGCGCCUGAUGGUAGUGGCGGUGCAGCUUAUUGCAUCAGAUAAGGUAAACACCACCGCCGUGGCAGAACUGCGCCACAUCUUGCUGGCCGGACCACUUCCUCCGAAGAAUGCCUUUACGACGUGCACUCUGGAGGAGGACCUCGCCAUUGAGGGGCUACUCCCACGGCGUAGAAGCUUUCUCGCCUAUACUGGAUCACUAACUACGCCCCCGUGCACGGAGGGAGUUCGCUUUGUUGUCUUGACCUCCCCGCAGCUCAUCUCCAGGGAGGCUUUGAAGAGACUGACCCAGGCGUUCAUGCAGGCGCGCCCGGGGAACCACGAUGGCAAUCGCAGAGCAACGCAGCCGCUGAAUGGACGCAUUGUGUACCGCUAUUUUGAUCGGAAUCACUUAAACAUGUCGAAGUCCAAGGGGGAAAUGAAGGAUUACUACCCGUACACUUCCUCGGAAGCAGAUGUGUGGGGUGACGGAAAGUUAAAGAAAACAGCUCCAUCCGACGCACUCGCCAGUUCAGACUUCGCUGACGCCGAGGCCAACAAACACGCAUCACGUGGAAAGGUUCAUGCGUGGCCCCAUCCAUUGCAGCGACAUGAAGUGAUAUGGCUCAUCUCCGCUGCCGUCAUCCUUUUUCUCGUGACGGCUAUCUUGUACCGGUGUCGGAACAGCAAAGACGGUGCCGGAGUCGGGAGAAACGAGGUGGAAUCGCUGCUGCGCGAAACCAGCGGAUACGGAACAAAUCCUUAG